CAGAAUGAUAUAAUCAGAGUUUAGAGGCUGUAUGCAGAAACAGAAUACAGUUUACAGUGGCCUUUACAUUACACAAUACUGUUGGCAUUGCAAAAGUUUGCAUUGUACUAAGCAAUUUCAAACGCGAUCGUAUAGGGAAUGCGUAUUGAUUUCUGGGGUAGGUAGUUUACCGAGAACCUCAAACCUGUAUCUUCUGUCAACUUAAUCUUAAGUGAUGGAAUAAAACUGCCCUUUUUUUAUUUAUUAUCAAUUAAAUAUACAUGGUAAUAUACCCCUGCGCUCAUCCCCUAGACAUUACAAGAAUUACCCGUUUCUACACUUUUAAUAUCAGUGGUGUAUCAGUAUCUCAAAAGAUUCUGUACAAGUGAUUCGCAAGUAAUUACAGACAAAAUGAUGUACAAGCCCAAAGACUGGACCGUUGAUUAUUUUGUGGCCAAUGAGGUUGAAUGUCUCAAAAUUCUAGACCAUCCUGAUGCACUGAAAGAAAUUCCUUUGCUCAACAGUAAUUUACUUGAGCACUUCAAACAUGGGCAGCUUGUUCGCUUUCAAGGCAUGCUCCAGGACAUGCACAACCCAGAACUUUUCUUCAAAAGCUAUCAGGUUGUAGACAAAGCGACAGGCGAGGUUAGCACCAGAUGUGGCAUGUACAAGGACGGUGCUUCUUGUCAGAAACAUGAAGAAAUCUUAUCAGAUUCAAGCAACAAUGAAACUUCAGAAAGGCAAACUUGGUUCGUCAUUUCUACUCCAGGGUUGAAUGAUUGGGCCAAGGAAGAGUGCUCAACAGUACUUGAACACGAUGUAACUCAUGAAAGUCAAGCUACCUGUCUAAGUAACAAAAGAUCUCUGGAUGAAACUGAUGAGCCGAUGGAUUGUUCGGAACCGGCCAAAAAAAAGGAAAAAGUUGAUACCAACGAUCGUGAAGCCGGUCCAUCACAGCCGAAUGGUAAUUCAACUAGCUCCUUGAUAGUUUCUAGGGAUCAUCUUUUGAACUUUCCAAUUCCUAACGAAAAUGGGAAAUCAUGCUUGGUUAAAGUAUACAAAGAAUCUCCUUUUAAACUGAAUCAAAUUGUCGACAUCAUUGGAUUUGUAUCUCUCGAUUUGACCGCGAGUUACAACUAUAGCUCAGAUGAAAUAGACAAUAGUAUGGAAAUGCAAACGCAUCAUCCACCAGCAUCGCUGGUUCCACGACUGCAUGCAGUCAAAGUAACCAAAGAGUUGAAUAAUCGAUUUCCUGAUGCUGCUGAAGUACUUGCCACAGCAGAAAGUGUAAGAGGGGAUUUGCGAGUGGUGUUGACUCAGUUGCUUUUUGGAGAUGAAAUUGCAGCCGAUUAUUUAAUUUGCCAUCUCAUUUCGUCAGUUUAUGUCAGAAAAGACUGUUUGUCACUAGGAGCUUUUGCUUUGAAUAUAACGAAUUUCCCUGUCGAGUGUGAAACUUUCACUAAAGACUUCUAUGAUAUUGUGAAGGAAAUCAUUGCCAAGAGCUAUUUCCUGAAUAUCACUUUGACUAAUCUCAAUGAUUUGAAUUUUGUUCCUAAGAAAGAUUAUGAAUGUGACAGAUUGACAAGUGGAGUGCUGCAAUUAAGUAAUAAUACACAUUUAAUUCUUGAUGAAACUAAAUUAGUCACUGGCCAACUGACCACUAGUGGAACUUUGAACUAUAAAAGUAUAUCUGAUUUGAUUCAGUUUCAGAAGUUAUCGUAUGAUUUUAAAUUUUACACCAUAGACUACGAAACAGAUAUACCGAUAUUAAUCUUAUCAACAACAAAAUCUUUUAUUCCGUGCGAGUUUCAAGUCGUUUUAAAACCAGAUCCAGGAACAGUGAAAAUUUAUCCACAAGUACUUGAAGCAGCCAAACAGUACAUGAAAAAUGGAACUAGGAUCAAUAAUCUCAGGGCAUACGUGAAUGCACUUAAAAAUGCAGUUUUUUCAUUUUCAGAGGAAACUUUGAGUAUAAUUCAAGAAGAUUUUGUAAGAUUGAGGCAAGCAGAUGGUAAAUUUUCGGCUGAUAAUUUACAUUCGCUGUUGGUACUUACUCGACUAAUGUCAUUAUCAUACGGUCUUAAUACACUUAAACCUGAAAUCUGGAAAAAAAGUGUAGAAAUGGAAAUAGAGAGGACUAGCAGAUUACCAAAACGUAGACGAAAUUAAGUGUGUAUCCUAUUACUGUGAAUAUUCUUAAAUUUCACUAUCGCAUUAAAGUUGUAUAUUUUCUACUUGUCUCUCUUCUAAAUUAAUCCAAAUUAAGUGUAUAUAAUUUUUUUUUUGCAAAUUCAAUUUUGUUGGAGCAGUGAAGGAUAUAUUUGUAUGCAAUUUCUUUUUUAUCACGUUAAAAAAGUUCUGGUAUCUGGAAAUACAUUUUUGUAAUAACAAAUCACAUAAAUGAUCAUUAUAAUUAAUUUUUUCUAAAAUGUAUGCACACACUAAAAACAAUUACAUCAUUUCUGAGUGAAGUCAUACUAUUAUACUUAAGCCCUCUGAUAAAAUUGUCACAAUUUUUUUUCGCAAAAUGGGCUCACAUCAAUUUUAUCAAGGCUGAAUUGUAGCAAGAGUGUUGCUGCCCUGUUGGCUGCGUCUAUUUUGACGAAGUCAACUAAUUUGUUAUUUAUAAAUUUACGAGGGAUCGCGGCACAAAAAAACUACUCAAUUGACAAGUAACUAAUUAAAACCCACCUAAAAAAAACAAUUUUUGCUGAAUUUAUCUGAAGGGAGGAUAGGAAUGAACUGGGUAAAAUAAAUUUAAAAUGCACUGAUUACGAGCCACGAACGAAGAUAUAUUUCGUGGCUCAAGGGAAAAACUCCGAAGAGAAAAACCCAAGAGAAGAAAAAUUAAUGAAAAUACAAACGAGUGAGGUUGAACAAUAAAUUUUGAGAUAAAUUUCCUGUAAUGAAGAGUGUGUGCUUGUGUAUUAUGUGUAAAAAACGUAUACGUGCGUGUCCGCACGUAUCUCAAAAAAAACUGACGAAUCGACAAACGUCGCACGGUCCGUGAAGCGGAUUUUCGCCGUGCUUUACUCGCAGCACGCCGAGCUUCUCGAAGAUGAUGCAGAUGACGAUGAUGAUUACGAAGUGAAGAAAAGCGUGAGAGAAAUUAACUCCAAAAAGGUGACUCCCAGAUACCCGUGUGCGUGAUGAUGAUAAGAAAAAGAUGUAGAAACCAAUAGGACGAAUAUAAUACCCAACUAUGCCAGAUACUCGAGAUCGCAGUUGACAACUGUAGACCGCUCUGCAUAGAUAGUUCGGAAUAUGUGAUGGAAUAUUUGUGCAAACUCGGUGUGCUGCCACUUUCGGCGUGCUGCGAGGUUGAUCCUCCAUCGCUCACGAGGCGGUCUACGAAUUUUAGUCGUUUCGACUAAACAAAGGCUUUACAUGGAUAAUCUUAAACUAUU